GUCAGUGCUGACUGUUGCUUGUGAACAGACUGAAGUACUGCUUUUUGACCCAAUAUCUUCGAAGCACAUCAAAACUCUCUCUGAAGCUCAUGAAGACUGUGUAAAUAAUAUCAGGUUUCUAGAUAAUCGACUGUUUGCAACUUGUUCUGAUGACACUACAAUAGCACUUUGGGAUUUGAGAAAGCUGAACACAAAAGUGUGUACUUUACAUGGCCACACCAGCUGGGUUAAAAACAUUGAGUACGAUACCAAUACAAGGUUACUAGUAACAUCAGGAUUUGAUGGAAAUGUGAUUAUAUGGGACACGAACAGGUGCACAGAAGAUGGAUGUCCCCACAAGAAGUUUUUUCACACCCGUUUUCUUAUGCGAAUGAGGCUGACGCCAGACUGUUCCAAAAUGUUGAUCUCUACCUCCUCUGGGUAUCUUCUGAUUUUGCAUGACCUUGACCUAAACAAAUCUUUAGAGGUUGGCAGCUACCCAAUUUUAAGAGCGAGGAGGACUACUACAUCAAGUUCAGACAUAACUUCAUCAGGUUCCUCUGGUCCUCGAGCUGUUGGUUCACCAUGUCACCAGAAUGAUUCAGGUCUGCUGUCUGAGAAACACAUGUCACGGUCCUCCCAGCGAGAAGGUGGAUCACCUAGAAAUAGUUUGGAGGUCUUAACACCAGAGGUUCCUGGAGAAAGAGAUCGAGGCAACUGCAUUACAUCACUACAGCUACAUCCAAAAGGUUGGGCUACGCUUCUUCGAUGCUCAAGUAAUACAGAUGACCAGGAGUGGACUUGUGUCUAUGAAUUCCAGGAAGGAGCUCCUGUGCGCCCUGUCUCGCCUCGUUGUUCCCUGCGAUUGACUCAUUGCAUUGAAGAAGCCAAUGUGGGCCGAGGUUACAUCAAAGAACUUUGUUUCAGUCCUGAUGGCCGGAUGAUUUCGUCCCCGCAUGGCUUUGGGAUCCGUUUGUUGGGGUUUGAUGCACACUGCAGUGAACUUGUUGACUGUUUGCCCAAAGAAGCCAGUCCCCUGAAAGAAAUUCGUUCACUCUACUCUCACAAUGAUGUGGUACUAACAACCAAGUUUUCUCCAACACACUGUCAGAUUGCCUCGGGGUGCCUUAGUGGACGUGUUUCUCUGUAUCAGCCAAAGUUCUAG